AUGAAUUAAAAACUUUGGAUCCAAAUUCCUAAAGAAAUAAAAUUGAAAAAUGAAAAACCCAUCUUGAAAUCUGAAUUCUUAAAACUGAAGAAAAACAAACCAAUAAUCUUAUAUGGAUACGAUCAAUAUAUUCUUCUUGCUAAAGUAAUUAUGAUUUCUAAUAUUUAUAAAUAGAAACCUGAUUAGCCUUAUAAAUAUUUGAAACUUGAUUUUGAGACUAAAUUUGAAAUCAUAAGAACUUCUGUAUAAAAAAAAGAUGAGGAAGAUGAUUCUCUAGGUUAAAUAAUUGGAAUGAAUUUAAUGAGAGAUUUUGGUUAAGCAGAAUAUCCUACCUAUCAAUUAUAAGGGAAUGAAAAAGUAAUAGUUUAAUGGAGGGAAUUUUUAUAAUCAAGAAUAAAUUAAUGGCAGUUUCAUUAACUAUUUAGAGUAUUCAAAAAAAUUGGAAAAGGAAAUUUUGCAUCUGUAAACCAUCAUAGUAUUUCUUAGGUUUAUUUGGCUGAAAGAAUUGAAGAUGGUGUUUAAAUGGCAAUCAAAGCCUUUUCAAAAUAAGCUGCAUAUGCUGAAGAAAACGGGAAAGAGGCUAUUGUAAAUGAACUGUCAAUAAUGAGAAAAUUAUGUCAUCCUCAUUUAAUGAGAAUGUACGAAAUCUAUGAAACCAAUAAUUCAUUAUAUGUUGGAUUAGAAAUGCUCUAAGGGGGAUCGCUAUAUGAUUUGAUUAAGGAAAAAGCAAUUCUCUCAAUAAAAUAAAUACAAUAAAUCUUAGUUGGAAUUUUAUAAGGAUUGUGUCAUAUGCAUUAAAAAGAAAUUAUGCACAGGGAUUUGAAAUUAGAAAAUAUUUUAUUUAAAUAAUCAAAGUAUUUUAUUUAUUAAAAUGUAGAAAAAUGGAUUCGGUUGUUGUUGCUGAUUUUGGAUUAGCUACUUAUGUAAAUGAACCUAUUUAUUUAUAUUGCAGAUGUGGUACACCAGGAUACGUUGCUCCAGAAGUCAUUAAUAUGAAAGAUAUGAAAGGUCACUAUAGUUCAGUUUGUGAUAUAUAUAGUCUUGGUCUGGUGUUUUACUUAUUAAUAACUGGCAAACAACCAUUUCCUGGAAAAAGUUAUGCAACAGUUGUUAAAUAAAAUAGAGAAGCCAAUAUUGAUUUUUCAAUUAAGCAAUUAUAGAAUGCUCCUAAUCCUGCUAUAGAUCUUCUCAGAAAAAUGCUUGAGAAAGAUCCUUAAAAAAGAAUAACAGCUAAUUAAUGUUUGAUGCAUCCAUUUUUAUAAGAAAUGAAUUAAAUUAUGAUUGAAGACAAUUAAAAUGAUUUUAUAGAAGAAGGAGAUGAAAGUGAUUUAAGUUCAAGAAUGAAUGCAUUGAAUGAAGAGUAUGUUUUAUUUCUAUAAAAGAUCGGUUAAAUUCGAAGCCUUUAGGAAGAAUUAAUUAAUUAAUUCACCUUAAUCUUCUCCAGGAGUCUUAGCUACUAAAUAACUCAAAUAAUAAAAGAAUAUUGAUUCUUAAAAUUCCUUAUAAAUGAAUUCACCACUAUUUACUGGAAAAACAGAUAGUGUCGAUUCGAUUCCAAAUAUUUCACUUUCUUAAACUAAACAAUAAAAUUCUCCUUUUUAAGCCUCCCCUAUGAUUAAACCUUCUCGCUUCAAAUAGUAUAAUUACAUAAUUGAUAUCUUUUAGAUAAAUCCCACAAUAAUUAUAGCAAUAAGAUAACCCAUUAUUAAAGUACACCAAUAAAAAGGAAUGAAUUAGUUGUAAU